AUGCCUAUUCGCAACCCCUUUGCCCGUCGUCCGGGCCAUGCUGUUUUCUCUCCAGCUGGGGAUGAGAACCUGCGACCCGACAACCAGAACCCAUCGCAUCCCGGAUUCGAGAAGCAGGACACUGUUGGCUCCAAGGCCUCGUCGUCGCUGAGCGUGAGGAGCUCCAAGAGCCAGGAUAACGGGGAAUACAAAAUGAGUGUCGUCAACGACAGCGGAGUCUACCUACCGCCAUCCCCAACUGAAGAAAAAGCUCCGUGGCCGCGCAAAUAUCUCGGCUCGGGUCGCAACUCAACAGACACUCGUAAUGACAGCGGUGAGAUCGAGCACUUCUCUAUUUCGAGAGAGUCUUUCGACUCGUACAGACGGUCAUUUGAUAUCACAGCACGGUCGCCCAUUCCUCAGAGCGACUUCCCGGCGCGCCAAAGUCUUGAUUCAGCCCGCUACCCCCGACUACCCCGAUCGGCGAUUGAUAGGCGGGCCGACCGGGACCUGCCUACUGCCGAUGAAGGCUUCGAGGAUGUGGGCUUGGACGACCAGAAGCACCAGCAACACCAACCCAGCCGCAUGCGCGGUUUGUUUUCGCGCUUCGGUGACUUAGACCACAAGGAACCGAGCGCCAACUCGCCUAACUCUAGCGUUACGCGCUUCCUGUCGGGCGCAGGAAGAAAGCGUGGUCAGAGCGGGCAAGGUUCGGAAUUGGGCACCAUUCAGCGACCCGAGUCGGUAGCGUCAGUCGAGACUACUGAAGUCCACUGA